AUGGCAAUGAGUCUGAGGACUGGGCGUCACGCCCUGAGCGGGGCCCUACGUCCCAUGAUUGUCACAUCACACUCGUACCUUGCGCCGCGCCGAACAUACGCCACCGCCGAGCCGGACCUCAAGACGACCCUCAAGGAGGUGAUCCCCGCCAAACGCGAGCUGCUCAAGAAGGUCAAGGCCCACGGAGCCAAGGUCAUUGGUGAGGUCAAGGUCGAGAACACCAUCGGUGGUAUGCGCGGGCUCAAGGCCAUGGUCUGGGAAGGCUCUGUGCUCGACGCCAACGAGGGUAUCCGCUUCCAUGGCCGCACCAUCAAGGAUUGCCAGAAGGAGCUGCCCAAGGGCAAGACGGGCACCGAGAUGCUGCCCGAGGCUAUGUUCUGGCUCCUUCUUACGGGCAAAGUGCCCUCGGUCAACCAGUUCGCCAUGGCUGUCUCAGCCCUCAACUACACCUCCAAGUUCGCCAAGGCCUACGAGCAGGGCCUCAACAAGGCCGACUACUGGGAGCCCACCUUUGACGACUGCAUCUCGCUGCUCGCCAAGCUUCCCACCAUCGCCGCAAAGAUCUACCAGAACGCCUACCGCGGCGGCGGCGCCCUGCCUGCUGAGAUCGACCUCGAGCAGGACUGGUCCUACAACUUCGCCGCCAUGCUCGGCAAGGGCGGCCGCGAGAACGAGAACUUCCAGGACCUCCUGAGGUUGUAUCUCGCCCUGCACGGCGACCACGAGGGCGGCAACGUCUCAGCCCACACCACCCACCUCGUCGGCAGCGCCCUCAGCGACCCCUUCCUCAGCUACAGCGCCGGUCUCCAGGGUCUCGCCGGCCCGCUGCACGGUCUCGCCGCUCAAGAAGUCCUCCGCUGGAUCAUCCAGAUGAAGGACGCCAUCCCGGCCUCGUACACAGAGAAGGACGUGCACGACUACCUCUGGACGACGCUCAACUCGGGCCGCGUGGUCCCCGGGUACGGGCACGCGGUGCUGCGCAAGCCGGACCCGCGCUUCGAAGCCCUGAUGGACUACGCCGCGGCGCGCCCCGAGAUCGCCAACGACCCCGUCUUCCAGCUCGUCCGCACCAACAGCCAGAUCGCGCCCGAGGUGCUCAAGAAGCACGGCAAGACCAAGAACCCCUACCCUAACGUCGACUCCAGCUCGGGCGUGCUGUUCCACCACUACGGCUUCCACGAGACUCUGUAUUACACCGCUACUUUUGGCGUGUCGCGCGGCCUGGGCCCGCUCGCCCAGCUGGUGUGGGAUCGUGCGCUUGGCUUGCCGAUUGAGCGGCCGAAGAGCAUCAACCUGGAGGGGCUUCUGAAGGAGGUGGAAAAGCUGUAA